CGCGUCUUGCACCGUAUUUGAGGACAAUUUUGACUACAACAACAAUCUUGGAAGCUGGUCGAGCAACUGACCAAGGAAGCAAAAACCUCACACUGCAGUGCGGAAUGAGAUGACUGCAGCUGUAGAACCAAGUCAGCCUCAGCUCCCCUCCUAUAACGAGGCCCUCCAAUGGGGCUACACGCCGCCGCCGCGGGUAACAUGGGCGCCGCCGAGGGAGGACUCGCCCAGCCCGCGACCGCGGACGCUCCGGCCACGGGCGAGUGCGGUGCGGCCGUUCUCAAUGUCAACAAUCGAUGAGUCGGCGCUCAACGGCCGCAGGCCAUCAACAUCUUCCGGGGGGCCAUUCUCCCCCAUCGGGCUGGACAACAUCCUGCGAGAUGCCCUGAGGGGAGCAUCACGCACCAGCGACGGACCGCUCUCGCCUGCGUCGCCCAUGUCGCCAGUACGACCCUCGACCGCACAGCCAGUCUCAUCCAGCGACCUCCUCACAGUCCCCUCAUCAUCACCAUGUGACUACCCGGAGCCUCGAUCACCAGCCUACUCGCCAACACAGGAGGAAUUCAUCCCAGAGCCCGUCCCGCUGCAUCCGAGGCCGCCAAUCCCGCCCGGCUACUCACGCCAUGACCCUACCGCGGCCACAUACCUCCUCCACUCACCCCUCAUCUACUCAUCCUCGGGCUCGUCGCCACAGACGCCCACGUACCAGCUCGACGCGCGGCUCAGCAAGGCCGGGCGGCCGUACCAGCUCCGGAUCAGGCAGCUGGACCACCUCGAGAGCCGCACCCUGGCCUUCAGCCGCGACCCGCACCGCAGCUCGGGCCGCUUCCUCCGCUACGAGGAGGAGCACACGCUGUACCUGCUGCAGGUGAUGCAGCUGAUGGGCGGGUUCGGCGUCCCGGGGCUGGGCUUCGGCCCCUCGUGGCGCGUCGAGAUGCACCGCGACCCGAACCACGAGGGCAGCGGCACCAGGGGCUUCAUCCGGUUCGAGGGCGGCGGGUUCCUGGGCAUGGGGAAGGGCUUCAUGCGCAAGAGCGGCUGCAAGUUCUGGUACAUGACCCGCAAGAGCGACCGCGAGCGCGAGGCGCUGGGCGAGUCCAAGCUCUCCGCCAGGUACGGCUACCAGCCCGAGUUCGAGUGGAACCGGCGGCUCAUGUUCUCGGUCGAGAAGAGGCGCGGCGCGCUCGGGCUCGGCGGCCGGAGCAAGGGGUAUGAGUGGAAGGAUGGGAAGGGCCGCGUCGUGGCCGUCGAGAGCGCCGAGGGCAGGUUGGACCUGUCCCGCGUCGCUGCGAGCAUGAGCGCGCAUUCCAGAGAGUCGCUGCUCGCUUGCUGGGUUGGCAAGUGUUGGGCCGCGGGGGCGUUGGAUCUGUGAUGCUGGGCUGCGGCUCGGGUGACGGUCACGACAUCAUGAUGCUUUUCAUGUGAUCUACUACAUUCAAAUUGUAAUGUGCGAAAGCAGCGUGCGUGUAUGGUUAUCUUUGGGAAGGACGGAAGCAUAUCAUAUACCUAAGUUUAGUUCUGACGUGGCGACAUUCGAUUCUCUCUUCUCUUCUCUUCAUAUUCUUGCUGCAAAAUAACUACAUGGCCAGGAGAGGUGGAGGCAAGGCAAGAAUCAAGUCCGUCGACAAUGACUUCUC